AUGAAGAUUCUUAUAUGGGCUAAGAAUAAGGACAUAGAAGAAAGCCAUGAUCAAGAUAUGGAGGACACUGAAGAUCUUCCUUCCUCUGAAAACUCACUUGAGCCGCGUAUUGUACAAAGACGAUACAAGGCAUGGAAGGAGGGUAAAGAAGACGCCUUAUCCAAACCUCUUGGCCGUCCAAGGACUAUUGAGGCUGAAGGAAAACUUGCUGAGGACACGAAGAGUUUUGCAACAGAGUACAACAAAGAGCGCCCUUCUGCCACUAUGGAUCAAUUGAUGAAGGAACUGACUGCAAACUUUGAAAACCCAAAAUUGUCCAAAGCAACUUUUCAUCGCUACAUGGCAGAGCUUUAG